AUGGCCCCGGCGACAGUGUGGGCAGCCCACAAAGCGACAAUACGAGGCCAGCUAAUAGCAAUAGCCACAGCACUUAAAAAACAGCGCCUCAAGGAUCUCACGGAAGCACUAGCCACCUUAAAGGAGCUCGAAACACAACACAAACAAAACCCUUCAGACGCGCUGCUUGCACGGCUUACCACCACACGUGUACUCCUCAAACGCCUUUCCACGGCAGAUGUGGCACGAAACCUCAUGUGGACCAAGCAACGCUUCUACGAAAAAGGGAACAAAGUGGACUCCCUUCUGGCAAACUGCCUCAAAAAAACGGCAGGACAACAACAAAAAAUCUCCAAAAUCAGACCCAGCAAGGGAGAGAUCACGAACCACCCAGACGAAAUAACACAUGAAUUUCUACACCAAUCUAUACAACCACACCAAAUCCCUACCUCCAACGGGAGACACCACCCAACAGGCGCACAUCACCGACUUUCUGCAAUCCCUCAACCUACCCACUCUACCAGCACAG